AAAAACUUGUAAUGACAGAGAAAGGCAAAGACAAGCUAGCACACCACGUUGAUAAAUUUCCGACAUCUUCAUAAAUGGUGUUAAACGUUUUCCAUUUACUGCUGCUGGCGACUUUAGCGAAUGGAAUUAACGACAGUGUGCGCAUCACCAAGUUCCAACAAUGUGAUCCGCUUACCGACUAUCCGCUGAAAAUCAAGGCGACAUUCAAGACCGUGAGGAAUGCGCAAUACCUGGACUACAAUGGCACCUACACAAUCCCGUACGUCUACAAUGCAUCAAUGCAUGUGCAUAUAGCCAUCUCCCCAAACGGGAAGAACUUCAUUCAUAUGAUGACCCUACGAGGGGAUGACGUAUGCGCCUUCCAACGGAAGUAUUUAGGCGAAUUCUAUUUCCUUAUUCUUGAGAGAAGUGGAUUGACAAGGGACACUUGCCCAAUUCCAGCAGGAAUCUAUUCCAGCAGAAAUAUGAAAAUUGACUUUAGCAACAUCCCAGUGGAUGCCCUACCAGCUGGUGUUGUAAGAUUACGGCAAAUGGUAAUACAAAAGAAGACUAAGAAACUUUUAAGUUGUGUAGACAUGGAAAUUUCUAACAAAUUAAAGUAGAUAUAAACCUGGUAAACUCAACUCAACUUAAUG